CGAUGGGUCUGCGUCCGAAGACGGUACCGGCAAUUAACAAAUUAGAAUAUUUAAACAAAUUGAGGGUGUUAGGAACACAUGAGCGCGCGGUUUGGCUAGCCGGGUCCCAGUAUAAAUAGUUGGGUCUCGUUCUGUCAGUAUAACGUCGGACGCGGAGCAGUUAGCACGUGUGAGAGCAGGCAGUAUGAUGAGUGUAGAGUGUAGCAGCCAUCUGACGGAUCGCAAUUCGGUCCACCGUUGGCACCGAUGCGAAGCUAAAUAGUGCGGUGACAUGUUCUAGUCAUGGUGAAGGUUCUGUUCCUGAGGGUGUUGAUUAUGUGUAGUUUCGCCUGCGUGGCUCCUGCGCCCUUCUUGGAACAGCCUGACCACCAAGAAGAGGUGGCUCCUUUGAACCCUUUGGAGGACCCUGCAGCUCGCAGCGAACGUAGCACCAAUCUGUCCUUCGUUGCUGGUACGGCACGGAGGAUCCAGAUGUUCAUCAAGAACCGUCACCUCCAAAUACUCCCCGAUGGCACUGUCAACGGUACCACUGACGAUACUAGCGUUUUCACCAUAUUGCAGAGAUCAACCGUUGGCAUUGGUCAAAUGAAAAUCCAGGGUACCGCCACCUGUCAAUAUUUGUGCAUGGACGCUUGUGGACUACUAUACGGAUCGAAAGAGUUUGGAGAUGAAUGCGUGUUCAACGAAACCAUAGAGAAGCAUUACUACAAUACAUACUCCUCGUCAAAAUACUCAAACGACAAACGUACAUUUUACUUAGCUUUAAAUAGGAGAGGCCAGCCUAGGAAGGUGAUGCUGAAAGCAAAGCAACAACUUGGAAGGCUGUCAUCUUACACAAGAGUAUUAACGCGUUAUGUUUCGCCAGAACGUACAGAAGAAUUGAACCACAUGAGGCAUCACGCCCACAUCUGUGCACCUAGCGCAAAUUCAAAACUAAGACUGUUAUCCUCACAUAAAGACCCCUCAAUUGAAUUUCCCCGAUGUCGAAAACGAAAAAAGCGAAAGAAGAAAAAACGAAAGUGUUUGCCAUCUGAAACCGAGAACGAGCAUUGUCUUAGUAAUAAACAAUCUAAUAGAAAAUUGCAGACUCAUGUGAAAAAGUGCGAUAGUGACGACAGUUCAGAGUGCCAAAGAGAAACGAACAAAAAGAAAAAAUUAAAUAGUGAUAAACACGAUAAAGCGAACGGUAACGUGAAAAAAAAGCCGAAAAAGGGCGGAAAGAAGAAAGUGAACGUGGUUGUGAGCUCCGAAGCCACAGUGACUGUUGAAGAAGAUUCCACCCAUGAGGUCGACUAUGGGAUGGAAACGAACACCCAUAUGGAUUUCGACGACACAACUGCACUACCCCUACUUGAACUUACCGAGCCUUCUAACUCCCAAACACUUUGACUCAACGUUAAUUUUUUCAUUAUUAUUUAUUUCUACUAUUUAUUGUAUUUUAGUUGUAUUUAUUGUAAAUAACAUUGAUUAGAGCUGUGUGGAAUCGAAAACAGUUCGUUGUGGAGCUCAGUAUUAUUAAUAUGUCUACGAAAUACUUGAAGAUAAGCUUCGUUCAUAAUAAAUUACUUCCAGGAUGGUCCAACGCCAAAACAUUCCUUUUUAGGAACACAUUAAUUCUUUCCCAGUGUAUUUGACCAAACACCUCAGUGAAUUAUCACCUCAACAAAACAAAGACAGCAUUGGUCAGAAUCUCUUUGUCAGUUACUAAAAAUGUUCCAGAAUCUAAAUUUUCCAUAAAAAAUUUCGCAAGAGACCUUGAUUCAGCACAAAUCCACGAGUCCAUCUAGAAAGGAAUCAAAUGACUCAAAGUUUAAUUGUUAAGUGUUUCAGAAUUCAGUGCUCCCUAAUACAUUUUAUAUAUUUUUUAAAUUGGAGUAACAGGCUCUAGAUAGUUUUCAUGGUUGUCGGUCUUCAAUGUUCACUUUUAUUUUGACGGAAUACAAUAACGUCUAAGAAAACAAGUUACAAAUACAGAAAUAAUUUACCAAAUCAUUUCCUGAUUGUACAACUUCACUAUCAUCGUUGACUAUUCUGAAAUAUUGAAUUUUUCGUAUCUCAACAAUAAGCCAACGUAUAAAAUUGUAAUGAAUCGUUUGAAGCCAAAAUUAAUCCAGAAAAUUUACGAAAACAUUUCUAUUCCUUGACUAGGAAUUUCUCUCGCUCAAGCUUAUCAAGACAGGAAUAACUGAAAUCAAUUCCAUGUACUUGUUUUCCGCUGAUAUCGUUUCAAUCAAAUUAGAAAUAGCGUGCCAUUUCAGAUCAAUAGAAAGGCGGUAAAUCAUUUAUUCUCGAUAGGGAAGAAGCCUUUUUUUCGAAUCGUAACUGUGUUUCUGGAAUCUCUAAACUCUGCUGUUAGGAGUUCUUCAAAAACUUUCCUAGAAACGCCACAAAAAUAAUUGGACAAGUUGACGUUGAUCAUGAUAUAUGUUUGAUCUAUUUGAUGUUUUUUAGAACGAAAUUAGCAUUCAUCUAUCCGGGAACAUUGAUUUGUUGCAUGUAUAUAGUCAAUUAAUCCGUUGAUUUGAACUGGUUUGGCUCAGGUUCAGAAUGCAACAGAGGAUCUAAUUAAGGAAUAUAAAAUUCGUAUGUAAAUCGGUUUUACAGUCAGAGUCGUUAUCUUUUCACAUCUACAAGUAACUUGUUAGCUUAUGAGUGAUUCGGCUUUCAAUUAGACCAAUUUUCUUAAAUGUUGUGAAGGUAUCAUUGAACAACUAUGAGGAAGAAGUUACAUGUUCAAGACCGGUCAUAGAGCUUGAUUGAGUGCUUUGAUUUCUCGAAUGCAGUGAUAAAACAGUCAGAAUUCCGUAUAGAAGAUUCUUAUAAAAAAGCUUUUCAAUAUUACAAUUCUCGAUAUUCAAAAUCCUUCUUCAUUGGUUACAUCCUAGUCUUUUAUGACUUCACGUAUGUGCAUAGUAUGAUGCUUGAUGAGGCUUGUAGAAAUAGAAAUAUAGACCCUAAUGCAAAUAAAACCAUGACAAACGAAUUAUUUCUAGACGAUUUACGAGAAAGACUUUCACACAGCUUUAAUAUAUUUACCUCGCAUUAAGGAUUCAUAUAGGUCUUGAAUCAGUCAUCAAGAUAUUUCCGAAAUGUUAUUGAGAAUAGUUUUUUACUCGAAUUUUUCAUAUUUUCAUUGUCAUUUUGGAAAAUCUGGGCUGAUUCAGUUCCAGAAUUCGAAAAUGAAAAUGGAUGAAUUCUCGACAAUAUAAGUCGAUUGUGUAAAAACAUAGGACAGUUUUGGAGUAUGUACCAAGUUUCAAUUCAAUCUUUCUUUUCAUAUUUUCAAGGACGGCUUUUUCCUUUGACCGUAUCAAAAAGUCAGAAAAAUUCAAAUGGAUGAUUGAUAAAUACCAAAGAAUUGAAACAACUCUAAAAUAAUCAGAUGUUUAUGAUCUUUAGAUUGUAGAGUAAAUGUGCUAAAAUUUUAUUAUUUCGACUAUUUCACUAUGGAAUUUAAAACGAUUUGUGAAUGAACGGUGCAAUGUUAAUUUGUAGGGAGAGAAGUAUUUGAGAUGGAACAAUAUUAAGUACGGUAAAUAGAACGAAAUGCUUAGGUAGUAGAUGUAAUAAUUGUUUUGAAAUUUUUUUAAGUAUUCCAAAAUAUUCAGCUCUAUAUUCAGUAUUGAAUAAUUGUACCUUAGUGAUGAUUAGAGAAAAUUUCACUUAUCAAAUGUAACUAAAUUAGAUUUAAUCAUUUAAAUAUACUCAUAGAAUUGUGAUCGCAACAAAAAAACACCAAAUAAUACUGCCAUCUUUCAUGAAAAUCUUUCAGCAAACAAUGGAAAUACUAACUGUUUGAGGACUCUAAAAAUUGGGAAUUAUUAUUAAAGUAACUCAGUAAUUUAGAAUCCUCAAAUUCUUAAUUUAAUUGUGUAAUCUUACAAUUCCAAAUAUGAGAUAGCAUGGACUGAGCAGCAAUUUACUGGUCAAUGAAGUCAAAAGGGUAGAAGUGAAUCAUAGACUCAUAUCACCUGAAAAUUAUAGACAGAUGACAUGCAUGAAGUCAUCUAGCAUUGAAUGAACUAUUUGUGAAUGCUUCUUAGAUAUUGCCUAGAGCUAAAAAAUUAUUCAUUUCAAUCUGUUGGAAGGCUAUGAAACACAUACUGGACAUAAUGAUGGAGAAUGUGUAAAUAUUAAUCAAGAAAAAAGUUCAUCGCAAAUGAUUCUGUAGAUACAUAUAUUUUUCAAUUUGUGCUAUUACAAAAUGAAUUUUAUACAACUGAUCGGAGCAAUAAACUGAACAAAUUAGGAGUAAUGUUUUGCAAAACAUAAGCAAUAAUUCGAUAAUAGUACUUGUUAAACCAUUUCUCCUGUAUGUAAAGAUUUUCACAUGAAUAAUUAAAGAAUAUAGUAAUGAA